AUGCCAGUCAUUGAGUUGGACACGAACUUGCCUGCCAACAGCAUACCCAUGGGGUUAGAGAAGAGGCUCUGCUCGGCCACCGCUGCCAUCCUAGGCAAACCUGAGCACCUUGUGAACGUGACAGUGAGGCCCAGCCUGAUGACCAUGUUGAUGUUCAGAUCCACAGAGCCCUGUGCUCAGUUGCUGGUUUUCUCUUUUGGUGUGGUGGACACUGCAGAGAAGAACCAAGGCCACAGCGCUGGCUUCUUUGAGUUCCUCACCAAGGAGUUGGCCCUAGGCCAGGACCGGAUACUUACUCGCUUUUAUCCAGUGGAGCCCUGGCAGACUGGCAAGGAUGGGACAGUUGUUACCUUUUUACAACUGGCAUAA